AUGGAGGGGCACUAUAGCCACGGACUCAACAGGGUGGAUAUGUACUUGAAGGACAUACGGACCGGGGUGUGUGCAGUGGAGGGCGAGCCUGUGGUGGAGAAGGAGAGUGCGGCCACAUCGCUGGUGGACGGGAACAACCUGCUGGGCCCAGUUGUGGGAAACUUCUGCAUGGAUCUGGCUAUUAGGAAGGCCAAAGAGGUUGGCGUUGGCUGGGUGGUGGCUCAUGGCUCUAACCAUUUUGGAUUCGCUGGUUAUUAUUCAAUGCAGGCCCUGAAAGAAAACAUGAUCAUGAGUGAGACUUCCCUCGCUCCGGUUUGUCAUUUACCAACACGAGGUAAAGAGCGCACGUUGGGCACCAGCCCACUGAGCGUGGCGGCUCCGGCCGAACACGGAGCCCGCUUUGUCCCGGACACUUCAGCUGUGGCGCUCGGAAAGGUGAGAGCCGGACUUUCAGCGGAUCCGAUCCCUGAUGGAUGGGGCUGCGACCCGGAGGGACACGUCACAACGGACCCAAAGAGUGUUCUGACUGGAGGAGGACUGGUCCCCAUUGGUGGCAGUGAAGCCACAGAGGAACUUUAUAAAGUUCAGAGACAAAAUGGUUUUAAAACAACAAGAAAAAAUGUCAGCGAAUCAACAAAAUCUUUUAUUUCUUGCUUCAGUGAAAAGGCGAGUCUGUACAACCUUUUUGUCCUUCAUAAUUUGUCCCGUUUUGGAUUUCAGGGUCAGUUUUUUGUAGCAAUCAACCUAGAAAACUUUGCUCCAGGAUUCACCGAGAGAAUGUCAGCUCUGCUCUCCAUCUCCAGAGGCCAGGACCCCGCUGAUCCGGGCUCGCCUGUUUUGGCUCCUGGAGAUCCGGAGAGGUUGAACAUGAAGAAGUGUGAGGAGACAGGGGGAAGACCCUACCACAUCAACGUUGUCAAGUAA